GGACUACUUUUGGCCCUCCACAGCCGCCGUCCACGGUGCCCAGCUGUGCCUAAAAGCCCUCUGAGAAGACCAGGUCCCGCUUGCCACGCCUGACCCCUGGCCUGGGCUCUCCUGGCAGUUCACUGCUGCUGCUGUGUAGAAAAUGGAUUGGAUGAUGGUAUGAAUAGCAGGGAGAUAAGCAGUUGGAAGAUUAUUGCAGUAAUCCAGAUCUGCAGAUGGUCAUGUAUUUGUCACCCUGUGGUGCCCUGAGAUGCCCCAUCCCGUGAUGGAGAGAGGGAAACAAGAUCUCAUGUUCACAGGACAGACCAUGAAGCUGAAGGAACUUGAGAGGCCAGCUGUCCAAGUGUGGAGCCCAGCCAGCCAGUACCCUGUGUAUCUGGCCGCAGGAACAUCUGCCCAGCAGCUAGAUGCCUCCUUUAGCACAAAUGGCACAUUGGAAAUCUUUGAGGUUGAUUUCAGGGACCCCUCUUUGGACUUGAAACGCAAGGGAGUCCUUUCUGCCUCAAGCAGGUUUCACAAGCUGAUCUGGGGGAGCUUUGGCAAUGGGCUUCUGGAAGGCUCCGGGGUUAUUGCAGGCGGCGGGGACAAUGGCAUGCUUACUCUAUACAAUGUGACCCACAUCCUGUCUUCGGGGAAGGAGCCUGUGAUUGCCCAGAAACAGAAGCACACGGGGGCUGUCAGAGCCCUCGACUUUAAUCCUUUCCAGGGCAACCUCCUGGCCUCAGGGGCCAAUGAUUCGGAAAUCUUCAUUUGGGAUUUGAAUAACCUGAGUGCGCCCAUGACCCCAGGAUCCAAGUCACAGUAUCGCGAGCAGCCCCCAGAAGACAUCAGAGCACUCUCUUGGAACCGGCAAGUUCAACACAUUCUGUCUUCUGCCCACCCCAGUGGCAAGGCAGUUGUGUGGGAUCUCAGGAAGAAUGAACCUAUCAUCAAAGUCAGUGAUCACAGCAACAGGAUGCAAUGCUCAGGCCUGGCUUGGCACCCAGAUGUAGCCACUCAGCUGGUGCUGUGCUCAGAAGAUGAUCGUCUCCCGGUGAUUCAGCUGUGGGACUUACGCUUUGCCUCCUCACCCCUGAAGGUGCUGGAGAGCCAUAGCAGGGGGAUCUUGUCAGUGUCAUGGAGCCAGGCUGAUGCUGAGCUGCUGCUCAGUAGUGCCAAGGACAACCAGGUCUUGUGUUGGAACCUGGGGAGCAGUGAGGUGGUAUAUAAGCUACCCACGCAGAGCAGCUGGUGCUUUGAUGUGCAGUGGUGCCCUCGGUACCCUCCAGUGUUCUCUGCUGCCUCCUUUGACGGCUGGAUCAGUUUGUACUCUGUGAUGAGUAGGAGCUGGGAAGUCCAGCAGAUGAGACAGACUGACAAGAUCUCUUCUUCCUUCAACAAAGGCCAGCCUCUCCCACCAUUGCAGGUGCCAGAACAAGUGGCCCAAGCAUCGCUGAUACCUCCCCUGAAAAAACCCCCCAAAUGGAUGAGGAGGCCCGCAGGUGUUUCAUUUGCUUUUGGGGGGAAGCUGGUUACUUUCAGCCUUCCCAGUCCCCCCGCCCAUCAGGUGCCACAGCCUUGCCUCCGCCUAGUCUUCAUCAGUCAGGUCACCACAGAAUCCGAAUUCCUGAUGCGGUCAGCUGAGCUGCAGGAGGCCCUGAGAUCAGGAAACCUCCUGAAUUAUUGUCAGAACAAGAUCCAAGUGUCAUUGCCAAGUGAAAAGAUGCUGUGGCAGUUCUUGAAGGUGACAUUAGAGCAAGACUCCAGAAUGAAGUUCCUAAAGCUAUUAGGAUACAGUAAGGAUGAGCUUCAGAAGAAGGUGGCCAAGUGCUUGAAGAGUGACUCGGGGCUGGGUGAGAGCCCUCAGCCCAGGGGAGAUGACCUUGACAGUCACAGACAACAAGCCUUCUGUAGCCAGGCUUCCAAACACACAACAGAGGAAGCCUCUGCCUCCUCAACCUUCUUUGAUGAGCUGGUCCCUCAGAACAUGACUCCAUGGGAGAUCCCCAUCACAGAAGACGUGGAUGGACUCCUGAGCCAGGCUCUCCUGCUUGGAGAGCUGGGCCCUGCUGUGGAGCUGUGUCUGAAGGAAGAGCGCUUUGCCGAUGCCAUCAUCCUGGCCCAUGCUGGGGGUGCAGAUCUACUGAAGCAAACACAGGAGCGCUACUUGGCCAAGGAGAAAACUAGAAUCUCUUCGCUGCUAGCCUGUGUUGUGAGGAAGAAUUGGAAGGAUAUGGUGUGUGCUUGUAGCCUGCAGAACUGGAGAGAGGCACUGGCCUUGCUGCUGACGUACUCAGGGCCAGAGAAAUUCCCUGAGCUCUGUGACAUGCUAGGUACUCGCAUGGAGCACGAGGGCGGCAGGGCACUCACCCCCGAAGCCAGGCUCUGUUAUGUCUGCUCAGGGAGUGUGGAGCGGCUGGUGGAGUGCUGGGCAAAGUGCCACCGGGCUUCAUCCCCCAUGGCUCUACAGGACCUGAUGGAGACAGUGAUGGUCCUCAACAGGGGCUUGGAGCUCCUGCGGGGUCCUGAUGGGGUGAGCCCAGGCCCUGCCACAACCUACAGGGUCACUCAGUAUGCCAACUUCCUGGCAGCCCAGGGCAGCCUGGCCACUGCCAUGAGCUACCUACCCAGUGACUGUGUGCAGCCACCAAUUCAGCAGCUGAGAGAUAGGCUUUUUCAUGCCCAGGGAGCCGGUGUCUUAGGCCAGCAGCCUCCUCCUUUCCCUUUUCCCCGAGUCAUUGUGGGAGCUCACCCCCAUUCUAAAGAGACAUCAUCUUGCAGAUUGGGGUUCCAGCCUUCUCACCAGGUUCAGACUCCAUCUACAAGGCCAGGGAUUUUCACACCUCAGGCAUCGCUAGUGACACCAUUAACACCUUCCCAUCCUAGCCCUUAUCAAGGCUCUAGAAUGCAGACCAUAAGUGACUACAGAGUACCUGGGUCCCAGGUAACCCAGCCUUUGCCUCUGGGCCCUGGGGUAAGGCCUGCUUUAUCUCAGCCACAGCUCUUAAGAGAGCAAAGGGUGCAAACUCCUAACCCCGUGGGAUUCCCUGGAACGUGGCCUCUCCCUGGUCCCUUUUCACCCAUGGCACCCUUAGACAUCAUGCAGCCUGGCUCCGCCUCCCUGCCUGAGACUGCUCAGCCGCUCCCUUCGCUUCCUGUGAGACCAUCAAUUCUCCACCCUAUGAGCUCCCAGCCUCCAGCCCCUCCUAUCAGCUUCCCUGCGGCACACCCUCCAGGAGGUCCAGGUGCUCCAGGCUCUAGUGCCCUCCCAACCACUGGCAUCUUGACUCCUCAUCCAGGAACUCAAGGUUCCUUGAAAAAUGCUCCAGCUCCCAGGGCAGACUUUCAGAGGAGAAAGUUGCCAGAGACACUUAUGACUCCAGCACCAAUUACGGUUCCAGUUAUGAGCCUCACCUUGGAGUCACGAGGAGUCCUUUCUUCACAGCCCCGUGUCCCUGGUGUGGGUCAUGCUCCCCCUGGAGCCCCAGGAGAACUCGGCUUGCAGCAACGGCCACCAGAGAAAAUGGAUAGGAAGGAGCUGCCCCCAGAGCAUCAGUCCUUGAAGACCAGCUUUGAGGCGCUUCUACAACGCUGCUCCCAGUCUGCCACUGACUUGAAGACAAAACGGAAGCUGGAGGAGGCAGCCCAACGUCUAGAAUGUCUAUAUGAGAAGCUCUGCGAAGGGACACUCUCGCCUCAUGUCCUGGCUGGGCUCCACGAGGUGGCCCGAUGUGUGGACUCAGGAAGCUUUGAGCAGGGCCUUGCCGUGCAUGCCCAGGUGGUGAGCUGCAGCCGCUUCAGCGAGGUCUCCAGCUUCAUGCCCAUCCUAAAGGCUAUUCUCUCCAUUGCUCAUAAGCUGCAUGUGUAGGUCAGGCAGCCUCUCUUACCGGGAGGCCAUUUCUGCUGUUACUUAACUCCUCCCUGCAGAAAAGGGAACUUGGGAAGAUUUUGUUCAUUUUUCCCUACCCUCCUUCCUGCUUCCCGGUAGAUGAUGCGUUAGGCGUGGCUCCAAACGAGCUGAGCGCCUGCUUUCUACUCCUGUGUGCCUGGCCUUCUAGGAUCUGCCCAGGGUUCACUCAGCCUCUGAGACAGAGCAUGGAGCCAGUUCUGUACUUUUCCCAAUACUGUGCUCCAACAGGACCUGGGGCAGCGUGUAUUCUCCCCCAAGGAUAUUCUAUUUAAGUGGCUUCUGAGAGGGUGAGCAGGGUCAUCACUUCCAAGUCUACCUCUGCCGUCCCCGUCUUGUGGGCCUUUUGUUUUCUCCUUAUGUGGGUCAUGAGCCUGACCGUACCUUUUCCUUGCCUCUGACUUCAUAUUUCCAGGUCCGUAUUUCUCUGAGUCCCAGAGGCUGGGUUAGAGUUGACUGUUCAUUCUUUGAACAAGUCAUGGACAUAAGGGAUGGGUGCUGAGCAGAACCAAGAGGAAGAACUUGGGCCCUUGUUAAAAAAACUUCUCAUCUACCAGCAUUAGUAAGGGUGGGUGAGGUUAGGUGGAAGGGGUGCACUUCCUUUUGCUGGGAGCUCUCUUAGCCUAUGAGAUAGGAGCAGAGGGACCACUGCCCUGACUUGACCUGUCUGAACCCUGGCCCAAGACCCUAGACCAUUCAAUCUGUGAGCAUAAGCCCAUAAGCCCCGUUCUGGAAUAGGAGCCAUAUCACUGAAAGACCCUGUUCUAGCACUGCUCCUCAAGGACUGGAGGCCCUUCUGCCCCUUGGCCCCCGCAUGUCUCAGGGCUGCCUUCACUUUUGUGGUUGGAUGCUGCGUUCAAAGCACUGAUGUUCCUAUGUGCAAUAAAGCUGCUUUGGUUUGGUUUCCUCAGUCAUCUCCCAA